AUGCUACAGGAGUUUCAGAUGAGUGACUUGGGUAAACUUAGUUACUUUCUUGGGAUUGAGUUCACUACAACUGAUAUAGGUAUGAUGAUGCAUCAGUCUAGAUACGUUAUAGACAUGUUAACUAAGUUUAACAUGGAUCAAUGCAACUCUGCUAGUACUCCAGCAGAAGUUGGCAUAAAACUCGAGAAAGAUCCUGAAGAAGAAGUUGUUGACCCUACUGAGUAUAGAAGAAUGGUUGGGAGCCUAAGGUACUUGUGCAAUACAAGACCUGAUAUUAGCUAUAGUGUGGGUUUGGUCAGCAGAUUUAUGCAAAAUCCCAGAAUGUCUAAUCUGAAUGCUGUAAAGAGGAUCCUAAGGUAUCUAAAAGGUACCACUGAGUAUGGAAUUCGACUGCCUAAGUAUGGAGCAGGAGGAGAGGUAAGAGUAAUUGCUUACUCUGACUUUGAUUGGUGUGGGGACAAGGGUGACAGGAAGAGUACAAUAGGGUAUGUGUUCUACUUUGAUGGGGCACCUAUCUCUUGGAGCUCUACAAAGGAACCUGUUGUAGCUCUGUCUUCAUGUGAAGUAGAGUACAUUGCGGCAUGUGAAGCCACUUGUCAAGCAGCCUGGCUUGACUCACUGAUGAAGGAGCUGAAGAUUGAAGGGAUAGGGAAGGUCAGACUGCUUGUUGACAACAAGUCAGCCAUUGACCUGACUAAGCAUCCUACAUCACAUGGUAGGAGCAAACAUAUUGAGACUCGAUUUCAUUUUAUCAGAGAGUAA